GGUGGACAGCCUUUCCGACGCUUGAGUCUUUCGCCAGCGCCGACACCAUUAAUAUGUAGUGGUAGUCAAGUAGGACCUGUUGGACAGGCAUAUGGUUGCAGUAUUGGAGGCCAAUCCCCAGCACAUAGCAUAGGCACUGCCUCCAUAACCCACAUACCAGUGGAUGUGAGACGGUAUGCAAAGUCGGAGCACUGGCAGCACCACCACUACCACAGCCAACACGAGUCACCACUAAAUCUCACAGCAAUUCAUGGAAAUCCAUGCGAUCAGCAGCACAGCUACCAGUGCUCUGUGAGCGCCGCCAAUGAGGCCAACCAUAGCUGGUGGUGUUGCAAUCCUAGCGGCUGGAGCACAGGUAGCCCUCGUACGGUAGUACCCGUUGCCAUAGAUAAUUGCAUUGCCGGGGGUCUGGGCUACAGUCGAUCCUAUUAUUACUUAUACGGAUCAGUGACCAGAUGUGAUGCCUGUGACGCCUGCGACAAAGGCAUGGCCUGUGAACGACUUAAUCAGCUACCUGUGCCCAGCCUACAGUCGAGCUGCCAGUGCUGUGCCGUACAGUACGUCAGUAGUAGGACAGGUAGUCGUUGCGAGCAUACGUCCCAUACGUUGAGCGCAUAUAUCGUAGCGAUUGAAAAGUUUUGCGAAAACUUAUUGAGUGAGGCGUUCAGUAGCGCCGGCCGUGAAGUGGAACGCCUACGCACUCUGUCCAUCGACACCGACGGUUAUGUGGAUAUACUGCUAGUGGAGGACAGCAGCCACUGUGAUACUGAUACUACUGGUGCUCAACACUACGACACUUUCAUUAGUGAUGAACAGUGCGUGGAUGAGUUCAAUCACCAGUGCUAUACGCCUACCAGUGCUGUGAGCCUACACAUCGACAGCCACAGCACGUGUGAUGAGUCGUCGGCCACCGACUCGGAGAUUGACUUACCCUUUGAUACUACCGGUGCCGACGACGACGACAUUGAGGACUAUAGCGAACCCCACGAAACGUCGGCACUCGAGAAAUACUACACCCAAUCGCUGGAGGAACGGGAGGUAAUAGUGGUUACGGGGAACAGGAGGUCACUGAGCAGUAGCCCAGUGUCGCCCAUCCCUGCCUACACCCACUUCGCCAGUAUGUCUCCCUUUGCCGACAAAGAGGAGGAAUGGGUAGAGGGAGGGGAACGGCUGGUCGAUCACAGUGUCGACGACUACCAGCAGCGCCGGUGUCCCCGGGAUUUGGAUUCAGCGGAACGGGAGCUCGAAAUGGAGAACAAUCUCAGUGACGGCGGGGGCUCGACCUCGUCGGAGGAGGGGCUGUUCAGUACGCCCUAUAAUAACUACAAUAACGGGGGAACUGGCGGUCCGAGGGGUAUGAGUGCUCAGCACUCGACGUAUGGCAACCCUUUGGCCUAUUCUUUGCAUACGAUUGCGGAGGAAAGUUGCGAAGAAAGCGAUCGUUUAUCUACCCGUCCCUCCACGCCCUCAGCUUGCAGUGAGACCAGUGGUUGCGAAGGAACGGUAGGCCAGACUGGUAACCCCAAUAGCAUACCCUAUGCUGUAGUCGUGAGCAGUAACUCAAACCCCAGUGACAGCGACGACAGGGACGCCCAUAAACGGGACUCCUGGUGCUCAGUGGCCACCAGUGGCUCGGAGGGGGCCGAUAGUGUGGACAGUCUGGAGCCGCCGACCACUGACGACGACCAGCCUAUGCUUCACGACGCGGAGUACACGGAGCCGGAGGACAGGUAUGCGCACCUGACGUCUAGUCGACUCGAGAAGUACUUCACGAGCGGACUGUUAGGCUCCGGUGCUUUCAAUUAUCCGGACGACUGCGAGUUCGCCGAUGAGAGUGACUGCGACUCCACGUCCAGACAUCACUCGCUGGAACCAAUCGGUUUGGAGCCAAUGAUCGCGUCGGAGAUGUCCGAGAUGUCUGAGCUCGAGGAGGAUAACGCCAGUUCCCACAACUCGCUCGAGUAUACUGUUGUUAAUGAUGUAGUGAUCGACACCAAUAGUGUGGUUAAACCUCCGGAACUGACUGUUAAUAAUGUGGUGAUAAAUGAUGAUAAUGUAGUGAUUAGUAGCCAAUCAAGUGUUGUGCCCAAUGGACAGGCAUGUGAUGCAAAAACCCGAGACCAGUGCGAGGACGAGGUGCAGACAUUUAUGUCUCGGCUGUUGACACAUAUGUCUAAUUUUAAUAAUCGGUUGCCGUCAGCACCGGUAGCUCAAAACCAAACAGAUAAUAAUCAAGGCAAUGAUAGCCAACAUACCGGUGCGAGACAGGGCGCCGACAGUAAUAACCCGUUGCCAUCCCUUAAGAUACUUGAGUCACAAAUCGCGCGCCUUAUGGAAGCGGUAUCGCCCGCACCCCCACCACUGCCCCCCACCGCCACACACCUGUCCACCAGUCCCAGCAAUAACAGCACCUACACCUCCAGCAGCACUAUAGGUAGCAAUAAUAGCGACUACGGCUCCGACACUCUGGAGAGUGAUGAUGAGGCCGAGGUAGGGGUCAAAGGGCACAGAGGGUCGGCCAACAAGUCAGACGGCGCCGGCAGUACCGACAGCACCGUCAGCGAGGAGACGGUCUAUAUAUGCAAACAACUGAUGAGUUCGUUGAAAAAGUUGACUGAAAUCGCGUUCAACAACGAAAAGGACCGACAGAUUAGCGCCGGUAGUGAUCACAGCAACAACAUCAUCAGUAACAGUACCGGUACUACGCCAACAGCUCCCGGAGCUCUUGUGCCGGCCACUGAUGUGGCUAAAGCUCGGUUGUAUAUCAGGGACCAAAUCGUGGCGCUCAUGCAUACCGUGAAGUGCGCGACGCCCAGCCCUAUAAGGGAACGCCGCAAACGUCAGACCCCUUUCCAGCCCCACCGCACACUAGACGUGAGUAGCGGCGAUAAUACCGGGCCGGACAGCAGCGACUGCGGGGACAGUAGUCCCAGAAUGGGUGGAUUGGGCGGCAACAAGAAGAAGGGGGCGAAAGCGCCGUCAGAGUCCGGGUCGGAGACUACCUGUUCGGCCAGUGUGUCGAUCCCCUCUUACGACGACUCGGACCACACGCCCACCGAAUCGGAGAUAUCCCAUGAGAUGGAGGAGCUCUUCGCACUGUUGGACUGUUCGUCGAAAGACACGGCACUUCUCAACGAGACUAACCUGAAAGGUAUGGCCAGUGGGGGUCGUCCCUCGUCUGAUGACGACAGGGCGUCCCUCAAGAGCUGGGAGGCCCGGAUCGGUCUGUUCAGUAAACUUCAGGCCAACGCCGAUGAGCCCAACACCGCAGCUAACGUUCCCGUCUCCGCACCGGCAGAGCCCGAGCCCACACCACCUGUGCCUCCGGCCAGGCGUACGCCCACUCCUAAUAAGGCACAGGAGGUCACAGUCAAUGGUCGCGAAGUGCGGCAUAAGGUGUCAGUAAAUGAGACAAACAGGCAGUCGGUUUCAGUGCCGGCGGCGGCCAUACCUACCGGUCAUAAGACGGUGCUUAAGAUUGACGACACGACCCCACGGGUGGACAGUAUGUCCCCAUUGUUUGACUCAUUGAAGGACCGGAGCUUCAGUAGCGACAGUGUGUCCAGCGUUCAGACCGUUAAGGCCCGGUUCGGUAGCAUAGCUGCCGGCGCCUCCCAGUCCGAGAUCAGCUCCGAUGGCACUCAGUCGACGAGCCGACUGGCCAUUGAUGAGUGCGACGACGAGGACGGCCCGGAGCCGAGUCUGACGGCCGGCGCUCUCCGCAAGUCAUUCAACGCCAAAGAGAAGGCCUCGUCGGAGGACAACCUGUUGGCCGCCAACGGCUUAAUGGCGGCGCCGACCGGAAAGUCGGCGAAGACGACGCACGUGUCGACUAAGAGCGCCGGCAAUAUCGCGGAACUGGACUCCCGUUCCUCUCACUGUAAUAAGAGUGCGUUCAGAGACACCGGAUAUUAUAGUUUCAAGUCGUCGGAGGAGAGCAUUAAGUCAUUGGAUGAGUCCAUGUCUACCAAUACUGCCGGCGCCCCACCCAUGAGAUCUUAUUCCGCCUCAACACUGCCUCAUAUGUCGAAACACUUGUCCAAGAAAUCCGAGACAAUCGUCGAGGAAGUGGAUGAGGAGCUCAUGUCGUCCACUGGUAGUACAGCGCCGGAGCCCCGGUAUCACACCUAUACCAGCCGUACGACUAGUCAUAGUAGACGGCUGUUCACACCGGCCUCUCAUACCGUUGCCAAAUGCCUGUCCUAUUCGUCGCCUAACCUGCCGGGCGACGACCCCUUUGGCGCCUCUCGGAGCAGUUCACUGCCAUUGAACGCCCGCCACCACCAGCACCGGGCUGUGGCCAGCAAUGGCCAGUUAACACAGUCCGGUCAGCGUCAGCAUACCAUUCCCCACAGGACCCGGAGCUCAUUCUUCAGCACGUCCGGCGUGUUACGCAAACUGACGGCACUUCGCGGAGACAAUGGGGUCAAUCGGUAUACGGAAAGGCAGAGUAGGAAAGGGAAGGCUUUGAAAUGGUUUUCAAGUAGUAGUAUAAGACCUAAGUAUAGUCUCACA